GUCCGAAGUCCAUCUCCUGUCUCCUCCAUUAACUCGCCAUUAAAACCCUUUUUCUUUCUCUCUCUGUCGGGACUCUGCAAUUCUACAGUUACAUAAAAAAAAAACCUUAUGACCAACGAAAGACCCAUUUUUUCAUUACUCUUCACACAAUCAUAAAGUCUGCUUUUUUUCUUCCCGAUGGUAUGACUUAAACGGGUUUUGUGAAGCUGUAGCUAUGGAGCUGAAGUUUGUCUUUUGCCGGAAACAAUCACUCUUCUUGAUUUCUUGUUUGGCUCUGCUUUAUCUCGCGUCCUUGGACACUAUAUCAAGUGAAUCAACUCAGAAUGCAACUGAUGUCAAGCAAAGAUCUCGCAAAGCGUCUUGUCCUCCUGAUUGGAUCAUUGGAUCGAACCAAACGAAAUGCUAUGCUUACUUUAAAAACUCCACUUCAUGGGAGAAGUCAGAGAUGUUCUGUAGAACCUAUGGUGGUCAUUUAGCAUCCUCUGCAUCGAGUAAAGAACUCAGCUUUGUUCAAAAACUAUGCAAUGUGAACUCUAGUGGGUGUUGGAUUGGAGGAAGAAGUCUGAAUUCUUCUUCUACCUCUGGUUUCCACUGGAGCUGGUCUGAUCCCAAGACGCCUCAAUGGAACCAAUCCAUGUUUCCCAAAGUGCCAAUUCGCACCCGCUGUGGCAAUGGCAAUGGCAGUGCAUUUUGUCGUGCUAAUAUAUGUAUAGCCGUGACAAACGGCUCAUCGCCAGUCUUUGGUGAAAGAUGUAAUGCCUCUCGUGCUUUCAUUUGCGCGGUUGAUUCUGAUUUCAAAUGUCGCAAUUGUCACAAAUAUGUAGUUAUCCUAGCUGUUGUCAGUGGUUUGAUUCUCUUUACCACAUUCGCCAUCAUAUUAUGGCUCCUUGUCUACAAACGAAGCAAGAAACGCCGUAAAUCCCGGAAAGUAUCAAAUCCAGCUUCUUCCUCUUCAGCUUUAGUUCCUCCCUCAUGGAAGAUCUUCACCAGCGAAGAACUGAGAUCAAUGACAAAGAACUUCAGUGAAGCAAACCGUCUGGCCGGGGAUGCGAAAACAGGUGGAACUUAUACCGGUGGUUUAUCAGACGGGACUAAAGUGGCGGUUAAGAGACUGAAAAGGUCUAGUUUUCAGAGGAAGAAAGAGUUUUACUCUGAGAUUAGAAGAGCAGCCAAACUUCAUCACCCGAAUGUAGUAGCCAUCAAAGGUUGUUGCUAUGAUCAUGGAGAACGUUUCAUUGUUUAUGAGUUCAUAGCUAGUGGACCGCUUGAUAGAUGGCUGCACCAUGUGCCUAGAGGUGGUAGGAGCUUAGACUGGAGCAUGAGGCUGAACAUUGCCACAACUCUUGCCCAUGGAAUCGCGUUUUUACAUGACAAGGUCAAACCACAAGUGGUGCACCGUGACAUACGUGCAAGCAAUGUACUGCUGGACGAGGAGUUUGGAGCUCAUUUAAUGGGCGUUGGUCUCUCAAAGUUUGUUCCUUGGGAAGUAAUGCAAGAGAGAACCGUAAUGGCGGGUGGAACCUACGGUUACCUCGCACCCGAAUACGUAUACAGAAACGAGCUCACGACGAAGAGCGAUGUCUACAGCUUCGGAGUCCUUUUGCUUGAGAUUGUGAGCGGUCGUAGACCAACUCAAGCGGUUAACUCUUCAGUUGGGUGGCAGAGCAUAUUCGAAUGGGCUACACCGUUGGUUCAGGCUAACAUGUGGUUAGAGAUUCUUGAUCCGGUUAUCACGUCUGGUUUACCGGAAGCAAGUGUGGUUCAGAAAGUUGUGGACUUGGUUUAUUCAUGUACUCAGAAUGUGCCAUCGAUGCGUCCAAGGAUGUCACAUAUUGUCCAUCAGCUUCAGCAAUUGGUCCAACCAUUAGAUGUAAAAUAACUUAUAGCUUAAGUCCCAAUAAUAAGAAACCUUUUUGUUUGACUGUAGAAUCGAAUCUUAGGAGACAUUUCAUUGUCCAAUUACUACAAUUUCAUGGAAAAGGUUAAGAAACGUUGUCGUAUUAGAGAA